AUGAGGGGGCUGCUGAGGGGGCGGCUGCUGGGCGUCGGCGGCUGCCGGGGGCUGAGCGGGGGGCCCGGGCCGGCCCCGGCGUGGGGCUGGUGGGAGGCGGUGUCGGGGUGGGCGCCAGUGGGCUGGGCGGAGGCGGGGCUGGCGGGGCUGCAGGCCGCCUCGGGGCUGCCGUGGUGGGCCACAGUGGUGGCCUCCAGCGCCCUCCUCCGCACCGGCCUCACCCUCCCGCUCGCCGCCCUCCAGGCCCGCGUCCUCGCCAAGCUGGAGAACCUGCAGCCGGAGGUGCGUGGCCUGGCCCAGCGGCUGCGCCUGGAGGUCUCGCUGUGCGCCCAGCAAAGACGGUGGAGCCCGUGGGCCGCCAGGUUCCAUUUCAGGAAGAAUUUGAAAAGAAUUGUUUCAGAGUUAUAUGUUCGAGAUAAUUGUCACCCUUUCAAGGCCAGCUUGCUGAUAUGGAUACAGGUUCCAGUAUGGGUCUUUGUUUCCUUCGCUUUGCGGAACUUCAGCAUUGGAAGGACAGCUUCUGAAGGGCUUCCUGUCCAGGAACAGCUUUCCAUGGGAGGCACCCUCUGGUUCACGGACCUCACUGCACCCGAUCAGACCCUGCUUUUGCCCAUCACUCUUGGAGUACUGAAUCUGCUGAUAGUGGAAAUUUUUGUCUUGCAGAAAACCAAACUGUCCAGGAUUCAGAAGUAUGCUACUCACUUCUUUCGGGGGAUGUCUGUACUUAUGGUCCCUGUUGCUGCAACUGUGCCAUCUGCCAUGGCUUUGUACUGGGUGUCUUCGAGCCUCAUGGGACUUUCACACAAUCUUCUGCUCCGUUCUCCUGCUUUCCGUAGACUUUGCUGUAUACCCCUGACCAAGUCUGAUUCAGCCACUCCUUACAGGGACCUUGUUGCUGCCGCCUGUGCAAAAUAUUUGUUGAAGUGAGAUCCUCACUGUUUGAAACAAACUGUUCUUUUUGUUCAUGUCAUUGCUGACGCUUGAAAUCAAGCGAUACUCUAUUUACUCUUCCUGGAUGUGGAAGCUCACCUUGAACAAAUCAGAUUUCAUCAGUACGGCGGGGGGGCUGUGCUGUGUUGGAGAAGAGUAAACAACAUUGUGGCUCCUUGAGGGUGUUAGGAGUCUCUGGGAAUGUGUGGGGUUUUUGCAGGAAUUUUGGCCAUGUUUGGGGUACCCAGCCCUCUGCCAGGCCUGAGACGGGUGCAUGCUUUCAGCGCCUCCAGGAUUCUCAAAACAGGACCUUCAGCCUUACAUUUAUUUCUGUGUAAAUAAAAAAAACGCUGAGACACACCAUAAAUUUUAAACAAGACAGUGUAAUGUAGAGGUCAGUGUUCUGACAAAGCUUGCACAUAGAACUUCAAAUAGACAAGAGCAUGUAGCAAAAAGACAUUCACAGAAGACAGUUCAGUCUUUCCAAUCACAAAGGAGUAACAAUAUUUCAGUAUUUAGUUCAAAGAACUAAAGGAAGCCCUUCCAAAGACGUCUGUUCUAAAUAUCAAGACGUUUUCAUUCGUCUUCAGUUUGAAGGCUUAUUUAUCACUGGAACCCAAUCUUUACAAUACAUUCACAGAAGACCAACAAGGUUCAGAACAUGUCUGUAAGAUUUCCAGGUUCUCUUGGAAACAUGUUCUGAACAGAAUGUAUUGUAAAGAUUGGGUUCCAGUGAUAAAUAAGCCUCCAAACUGAAGAAAGACAGAUUAAACGUGAGGGGGUAGGCGAGUGGAGCGCCACGAGGGCAGUGGGGGGGAGGGCGGGCAGAGCACAGCAGGGGGGGGGCGCUAUUUGCCCUGGAGUCGCUUCUGGCUAAAAUCCUAUAGUUUCGUUACAUUUAUUUCUGGCACUCAGGAGUACAGAUAGGCUUUAUGUUGUGUGCACAGGAACUAGAAUAAAAGUAACUGUGGUUAAGAAAUCUCAAUACUCAGUCAAUAUCCUAAGCAUAGUUUAGUCUCAGGAGAGCUUCCAAAAUAUAAGAACUUCUGCUUGUUUUUACUUAGAAUUACAAAUGCUUUUCUCAAUAAAUAUUGAAAAUUCUAGCUUCCGUUUUUCUGGAAAUCGUGCCAAAUAAAUAAAAUAAAAAUCCACUUAAUAUGAA